AUGGCUUCUUCAUCUCUUACAACAACAAAUGCUAGUUCAAAAGAUGAAGAUGUAGCUUUUUGGCUCCACAAUAAACUUGGUUCACAUGUUGAUUUAUGGUCAUCCUUUAGCAUAAGUUCAACAUUAACACAAGAACAUUUAUUAUCAAUAAAAUCCAUUCUAUGGAGUUUAGAUACAAUUGUAAAAGUUAAAUUAUUACUGUCAUUUAUUCAUAUACCGAAGCGAAACAUCAGUGAAUGGGAAAGCUUAGUAAAAGAUAUAAUUGAAUUAAGUCGAAAAGAUAAUGUGGGUGAUCAAUGGGUUGCUGUUAUAAGUGAAAUUAUGAAAACAUUUCCCGAUAAAUCAUUAUUUAAUCUUGAUUUAACUGAUCAAGAAUGCGAAGGUUUUACAAAUGGAAUACAAGAAUUAAGAAAAACAGUUAAAAAAAAUAAUGACACAACACAUUUACCAUUAGAAUCAUGUUAUUUGGGGAAAAGUGCAUUAAAAAUGUUAACAGGCGAUAUACCAAAUCCAUCGAAAUGUUUUAGUCUUAUACGUAAAGCCAAAUCUGCAAGAAUACGACAAGAAUUACUAGAGAAAAGUGCUCAAACAUCUAAAACAAAGAAAGUAGCAGAUUAUGCAGCUAUACCAGGAUCUCGACGAUCAGUUGAUGAAUAUUCAUCAAUUUAUUCUUCAUCAAGUGCAACAUCAAAACCAUCAAAUAUUGGAUUUCUUAAAUCAAAUACAAUAAGUUCAACGUCGGGAAUUAUUGGUACUUCACGUUUACAUAAUCGUCGGGAAGGAAAUGUUAAACUUCUUUCUUUAGAAGAAGAACAAGCUUUAAAUGAUAAGAAACGAAAGAAAGCGAAUGACGAUGAUGAAGAUGCCAAUGAAAAGAAAUCGAGUCGUAAUAAGAAAGCCAAUAAACAACAACAAAACACGGAUCAUGCGGAUAGUACCAUCGACGAUUUACUUACUGUUCCAUCAACGUCUUCGGCUAAUACUGACUCACAUGAGUUACCUACUCCAACUAAUUUUGACCAAUCAUCUACCUUUGUUCCGCAAGCAACGUAUGCACCAUUUAGUAUGAAUGAUAUGCCUGCUACACCUAAUCCAUUAAUGAAUAAUGCAGCAAAUGAUUUACUCUACGGUCUACAUCAAUCUCGUAUUGACAGAAAUUAUUCAACAAAUUUCAAUGACAUUAAUAAAUCAUCUGAACAAGAUAGACUUUUAAAUACUUCACCUAUACGAGCGGAUCUAAAAUUAACCAAUGAACAAAUUGAAUUCGCUCGUGAUCUUUUUCGUUCAAGUACUUGCUUAACACGAGCAGAUAAAAGUCGAAUAUUGGCUUUUAUUGCUGGCGUUCGUGAUCGUUCAUUAGAUAAUAAUAAAUCUGGCAAUCCAAUUAUAACAAUAAAACUAACUGAAAAAGAUGAAAUGAUCCUUGAUCAAAAUACAAAUCAGCCUCAACAAUAUUUUGCUGAAACAUUUUUUCAAAUGAAUACAUCAACUGGGGAAUGGAAACGUAUUAAAAAAUUGCGACCUUUAAAUCAAAUUAAUUGA